AUGACCAGCUGUUCCCCACCUACCCCCACGAAAGCCUCACUACAAUCGCUGGUCGAAGAGGAAGAUCAAGAGCUUCGCGGGCUACAACAAGAGUCGCCCCUCCAGCUGCAGGAGAGUCACCAACCCUCUAACACUGCUGCGCCGCUCUCUCCAUCUUCCUCAUCCGUGUCGCCCUUCUUCAUUUCGUCGGCCUCCGCGCCGGCUGUCGUCACUCGCCGUCGGGCUUCCACCAUCGCGCGCGCCUCCACCGAACCAUCACUCGCGCCCUCCAAUCUCCCCGAACUGUCCCUCCCGCCCCCACUCCACCCGGCGGCGCCUUCACCAUCUUCCCCCUCGUCAUCAUCAGCUCCUUCUCCGUCUAACGCGGCUUCUUCGGCGGCCAUCACCAUGAUCAAGGCCCGGCAUUCGUCCAAGCUCGCGUCGCGUCGCAGGUCGACGGCGCUCAGUUCCCUGCGCGGAACCAGGGAGGGGCAGCCGGCGGGGAAGGAGGCGCUGGCGGGUCUGCUGGACUUCCUCGCGUCGCCAUCCGGCACGUCGUCAUCCGGCUCGCUCACUCCCACCACCAUCGCAGAGGCGCAGCCCACGGCACAGCCACAGACGCUGCCCGCCGUUCACAACACGGCACAGAUAUCGCUGGUCGGGUCUGCGACCAACUCAGCGGAGCCAAAGAAGGAAAAGAAGAAAAAGAAAGAAAAGAAAGCGAAGACGAACGAAAGCGACAAGAAGAGCGAAGCGCCAAAGAAAGAGAAGGGUUCGAGGUCGCCUGGUUCAGCGGCUAAGAAAGGAUCGAAGUCGCCCAGCGAAGCCAAGCGAACUCAGCCGGAUCGACUGGCGAUGGCCGCACUGCUCGAGAGGGAGAAGCUGGAAUGGGAGAAGGAGGUCCGAACACCCACGCACAAAGCGACAGGGUCUGCCGAUAUGGCGACGGUCAAGAUGAUGAAGAAGGAACGGCGGCUCUCCUUCACUCUUCGCCGACGAAGCUCAGCCAACCUCUCCGCGAUGGUCGAGCAAGCCGGUACCGCGCUACCGGAUUCGUAA